AUGGGUAAAUCGGAAGUGGAGGAUGGGUGUAUGGGCUGCGAUGGAGGUAGUGUGGUAGAGAAAGAGAGGCGUGACUGGUGGCUCGCGGUGGCUUGGGACACAAUGGAGUUGUUGGCAGGACAAAACCUGGGGGUCGACAAUGACAAGAGGAGUCGAUUGAGAGUAGAGAUGGAGAAUUUUGGUUUGGUUCACCGUGGCUCCAUGAUCAGACCCCAAAUCUUGUCUGGCCUCUCAAUAAAGGUCAGAGAUCCUCCGUUCGAAGAUGAACAAGGCAUCAUUGGGCCCCUAGAGGAGAGUUUGUGUAGUGCGGGGGAUUGCCAAAACGCAUCCUCAUAG